AUGGACAACGGUCGCCAGCGUGGGUCGAAGCCGCCUGGCUCGCCGCAGCUCUUUCGAGCGAACCCGCCAAAGAAGGGCGGUCACCCCUCAGACGCGCUUCUGCUCUCCCCAGACGUGCUCGACGAUGCCACACGGAGAGAGCUACUGCAAGAUGUACUUCGCCAACGUCGCGCGUCACUGUCGCCAGUUGGUCGGCUCUCAGGCCCAGGGGCCGUAGCUGGGGAUGUGCACACAGACAAGGAACCCUUUGCGCACCAGCUGCGCGCGCGGGUGCGUGCCGGCAGCAGCGCCAACAGUGACAACCUUGUCGCCGCCAUGGCGGCACGCCUCAAGGACCUGGAGUCCAAGCAAAAGGCAUACCAGGCAGAACUGCAAGAGCUGCAUGCCAAGUACCGCCAACUCAACGACAAUUAUCAUCGAGAACGUGAGCUGCGUGAGGAGGCAGAGACGGCGGUGUUAACGCUCUACGACGAGAAGGAACUGCUCGAGGCGCAGCUGCGAGAGAAGGAGGCCGCACACGCGCGUGCAUCCAACGCCACAAACAACCACCCACCACCACCCCUCAACCGCGUGGGAAAAGUGACCCACAGUACCCAAGCCUCACCCUCGCACGCGCCGGUCACGCCGUUACGCGCUGUAAAGGUCGACCUUUUUAGCGGCAAUUUCAAGGACCACCACAGCGACGACGGCGCCAAGGCAACCGGGAAGGCGGGUCCGACACACCGUGUGGAUACGGGGCGGCCCGACACCGUGCACCUCACUCCCCAAAGGGUCGGCGGCUUGCCGGACAACCGCAACGCUGCCUCCGCUGUCGCAGGCUCGUCUCCGAAGCCGCCGCAUUCUCGGCACUCGGUCGGCACCGUGGAUGUGGAACUGCUCACAAAGAAUGCGCGCAUUCUAUCCGAUUACGUGGGCUGGAAAGGCGUUGUCAGGGAGGGCAACCAGGCUGGCAUCCGCGAGCGCGAUGCUGUACGGGUCGUAGUCUACAAGAACGGUAUUUGCGUGAACCAAGGGCCCUUCCGCCCGUACGGCUGGGCACUGUGCGACGCCUUCCUGGAUGAUCUCAUCGAGGGCUUUUAUCCGUACGAGUUCAAGGAAAGGUACCCCGAUGGGUUUCCGAUUGAAGUGGUGGACCGCACCAGCGAAACGUGCGAAACACAUCGUAUUGGUGCCGCACAUGGUAGUGGGGUCGCGUCCCUUGAAAACGCAGGGCCGUUGUUCCCAAAGGAAGGCGGUCGGCGACUCGGUGGGGCACGACCGAACUCCGGCCGCAAUCCUCAUCGCGUCCACACACUAGACGAGCAGAAGAAGAAUAUCGACUACGCCCCUGUGAGUGCAGAGGAAUUUCUGAAGAAGGUGCCAGCGCAAACAAUGACCGCAGGCGGUCAGCUGGUCUCAGUGCGCAACGAUGUGGCGGCCUUGAUGGGAGUGGCGGCAACCAGCUCGUCAGCGUCUCAAGUUUCGAGAACGAUCAAGCAUGUCAGUGCUGCCGAGGUCGCGUAUUGUCAGAAAGUGACGCAGCAGCAGCGAUCCGCCUCGCUCGUGAAUGCGGCUACCGUCGCUACCAGUUCAAUGUUCGUGGGUAACCUCAUUGCGGUUCUCAUACGCCUCCCCAAUGGACAGAAGAUCAAGCUGCACAUGGCCCCAGAGGACACAGUGGCAGCCUUGCGCAAAGAAUUCGUUGCCGCAGCACCGAACUUCCAGACAGUCCGCUACGAGCUGUAUCAAGCCUUUCCGCUGAAGCAAGAGUGGAAUGACCAUCAGCUCACUUUUGCAAGUUUGGGCGUGAAGAAGAGUUGCACGCUCAUGGUGAAGUUGAUCAAGUAG